AUGGCCCUGCCUUGCAUCCCAGGCCAAUCUAGACUGGUGGGGGCGGUACAGUGCGAUACUAAUGCAGUACAAACGAACAUACCCAUCCUGGAGCCCCAGUACGAAAAGGGGGAUAGCAUGUCACUAGCCCCUCCAGACAGAUUUAGAAGGGUUGGGGCAGUACAAACGAAGGAAGGGUAUUACAAUCCAUUUUUGAACGACUUCAAUCUUGAAGACGAGAAUGACGAUGAAGACGAAGACGCUAGCGAUGAUGACGGUGAUAAAGACGUUUAUCACAAGGAAAACGGUAAAGACGUUACCGAAGACGAUCGCUAUAAUGAAGAUAACGACGCAAAUAGUGAUAAAGAUGCUUAUCACGAGGAAGAAGGUAAAGACGUUACCGACGACGAUAAUAAUAAUGACGAUAUGGAUGAUGAAAGGACGACGGAUUUAUUUACGAGCAAUAGAUCAAAAUCAAACAAAAUGACGAGAGGUAGACUGAAUGAUUCAUUUGCCUUAACUUUUAGAGACGUAGAGGACAGUAUAAGAAAUUUCGACGGAAAAGACGAUUAUCCCAUAGGAAAAUGGAUGGCUGAUUUUGAAGAAAUUUCCAAUCUGAUGGGAUGGAAUGAUUUGCAAAUGCUAAUUUUUGCUAAGCGAUCCCUAAAAGGAAUAGCUAAACUGUAUAUACAGUCAGAGAAAGGAGUUAAUAGCUGGAAGCUCCUGAAGAAAAAGCUGACAGCAGAGUUCGAGAACAAAAUAGGUAGUGCCGAAAUACACAAAAUGCUGAUGAAUAGAAAGAAGAAACAAGGUGAAAGCGUACAGGAGUAUGUACUAAAAAUGAGAGAAAUCGGUAGCAGAGGAAACAUCGAAAAUGAAGUCAUAAUGCAGUAUAUAACUGAGGGAAUUAUGGACGACCCUGCUAAUAAAGUAAUACUUUAUGGUGCCAAAAAUUUCAAUGACUUUAAAGAGAAGAUUAAACUGUACGAAUUGAUUAAAAAACAGACGACGCAAAAAUUAGUUAAAACCGAGACGCAUAAAAAGACGUGGACGAACGAGGAAGUAAGACGAGAUGAGAUGAAAGAGGAGCGCCUCAAAGUAGGAAUAAAAAGGAAGAAAAAUGUUUCAAUUGUGGAAUUCAGGGACACAGAUCGACGGAUUGUCCUGACAAGGCCAAGGGAGUAA